UGUCCCUAGAAUAUGGAAUGAUCGGAGAACAUACUGUAAAAAGUCAGCGGCCAAGAUCAGUACAUGACACAAAGGGCCUACAGGAGCGAGAUGAAUCUGCUAAAUUUAUGGCACAAACUGGUGACCCUGGUGCUGAGGAGUGGUCCCAGUGGAGCUCUUGCUCAGUUACAUGCGGUCAAGGGUCGCAGGUGCGAACAAGAACAUGUGUCUCACCUUACGGAUCACACUGCAGCGGCCCUUUAAGAGAAUCCAGGGUGUGCAAUAACACUGCCCCCUGCCCAGUGCACGGUGUGUGGGAAGAGUGGUCUCCGUGGAGCCUCUGCUCUUUCACCUGCGGACGAGGUCAUCGCACCCGCACUCGGACGUGCACUCCACCCCAGCAUGGAGGAAGAGCGUGCGAUGGACCCGAGACCCAAAGCAAACUCUGCAACAUUGCCCUCUGCCCAGUGGACGGACAGUGGCAGGAGUGGAGUGCAUGGAGCGAUUGCUCAGUGACCUGUGCCAACGGGACGCAGCAGAGGAAGAGGCAGUGCUCAGCGGCUGCUCAUGGGGGAUCUGAGUGCAGAGGACAUUGGGCGGAGAGCAGAGAAUGCUCCAAUCCGGAGUGUACAGCUAAUGGGCAGUGGAACGCAUGGGCUCCAUGGAGUGGGUGUUCUAAGUCCUGUGACGGUGGUUGGCAGCGGAGGGUACGCGUAUGCCAGGGGCUGGCGGUCACAGGGCAGCCAUGCGAUGGCAGUGGGGAGGAGGUCCGCAGAUGCAGCGAGCAGCGUUGCCCAGCUCCUUAUGAAAUAUGCCCGGAGGACUAUGCUGUGUCCAUGCUGUGGAGAAGAACUCCCUCUGGGGAACUGGCCUUCAACAGGUGUCCGCCCAACGCAACGGGCACCACUAGUCGACGCUGCUCACUGGAUCACCGCGGGGUGGCCUAUUGGGAGCAACCCAGCUACGCUCGAUGCAUUGCAAAUGAAUACAGAUACUUGCAGCAAUCAGUUCAGGGACACCUUGCUAAAGGUCAGAGGAAUCUGGCAGGGGACGGCAUGUCCCAAGUUACAAAGGUCCUCCUGGAUCUCACCCAGAGACGCAAUUUCUAUGCAGGCGACCUUCUCUCCUCAGUGGAGAUUCUUCGAAACGUCACUGACACCUUCAAAAGGGCCAGCUAUGAACCUUCUUCUGAUGACGUUCAGAAUUUUUUUCAGAUCAUCAGCAAUCUCCUGGAAGAGGAGAACCGAGAAAAGUGGGAAGACGCGCAACAGAUUUACCCAGGGUCUGUGGAGCUCAUGCAGGUCAUUGAAGAGUUCAUCCACAUCGUCGGCCUGGGAAUGAAAGACUUCCACAAUGCCUACCUGAUGACAGGGAACCUGGUUGCAAGUAUUCAGAGGCUGCCUGCGCUAUCUGUGACGACAGACAUUAACUUCCCAAUGAAGGGACGGAAAGGGAUGGUGGACUGGGCCAGAAACUCUGAAGACAAAGUUGUCAUUCCCAAAGGAAUAUUUGUACCCCAGACAGCAGAUAUGGAUGGAUCUCCUGUAUUCAUUCUCGGAAUGGUUCUCUACAAGACUCUUGGCCUUAUGCUGCCCGCUCCACGGAAUAACACUGCUGUGAACUCAAAAGUGAUUGCUGUGACUGUCCGACCAGAACCCAGGGUUACAGAAGCCCAGCUGGAGAUUGAGUUAGCUCAUCUAGCUAAUGGAACAAUGAAUCCAUUUUGUGCACUGUGGGACAGCUCUAUUAUGAACGAUUCUUGGGGCAGCUGGAGCUCUAAAGGAUGCAGAACUGUGCUCACCGAUGCAUCCCACACCAAAUGCUUAUGUGAUCGGCUAUCUACCUUCGCCAUUUUGGCUCAACAACCCAGAGAAAUAGCUAUGGAGUACUCAGGGGUUCCAUCUGUGACACUAAUAGUGGGCUGUGGUCUGUCCUGUCUGGCCUUGAUCACACUGGCCGUGGUGUAUGGUAUUCUGUGGAGGUACAUCAGGUCAGAGAGGUCAAUCAUUCUGAUCAAUUUCUGCCUUUCAAUCAUCUGCUCCAACAUCUUGAUACUAGUUGGACAGACGCAGACACAUAAUGCGGGCAUAUGCACGAUGACAACUGCAUUUCUGCACUUCUUUUUCCUGGCGUCCUUCUGCUGGGUUUUGACAGAAGCUUGGCAGUCCUAUAUGGCUGUGACAGGAAAAGUUCGGACCAGGCUCAUUCGGAAACGCUUCCUCUGCCUGGGAUGGGGAUUACCUGCCUUGGUGGUCGCAAUCUCAAUGGGAUUCACAAAAGCAAAAGGAUAUGGGACACCUCAAUACUGUUGGCUAUCUCUGGAAGGUGGUCUUCUCUAUGCAUUUGUGGGACCUGCUGCUGCAGUAGUGCUGGUGAACAUGGUGAUUGGCAUUCUGGUGUUUAAUAAACUGGUUUCGAGAGAUGGGAUCCUGGAUAAGAAACUAAAACAUAGAGCAGGGCAGAUGAGCGAGCCCCAUACAGGUCUAACUUUAAAAUGUGCCAAAUGUGGCGUUGUCUCAACUACUGCUUUAUCAGCGACGACGGCCAGCAAUGCCAUGGCCUCCCUGUGGAGUUCCUGUGUUGUGCUCCCUCUGUUAGCGCUCACCUGGAUGUCUGCAGUGCUGGCCAUGACGGACAAGCGCUCCAUUUUAUUUCAGAUCCUCUUCGCAGUCUUUGACUCUCUGCAAGGCUUUGUCAUAGUCAUGGUCCACUGUAUCCUCAGAAGAGAGGUCCAAGAUGCCUUCAGAUGUCGUUUAAGAAACUGUCAAGACCCCAUGAAUGCGGAUGCGACUGGUACCUUCCCCAACGGGCAUGCACAGAUCAUGACGGAUUUUGAGAAAGACGUGGACAUCGCAUGUCGAUCAGCCCUCCACAAAGACAUGGGGUCAUGUCGAGCGGCCACCAUCACCGGCACCCUCUCCCGCAUCUCCCUCAACGAUGAGGAGGAUGAGAAAGGUCCCGAGGGGCUCAAUUACUCCACGUUGCCUGGCAACAUCAUGUCUAAAGUCCUCAUCCAGCAGCCCUCUGGACUUCACAUGUCCAUGGGCAUGGGCAUGGGCGAUCUGGGAGAGCAGUGUAUGGACAGCACUGCAGACAUGAGACGGGCCGUGUACCUGUGUACGGACGACGCCACCAGGCAGAGCGAGCAGGAACUGAGUAUGCACGACCUGAGUGGCCAUCCCCAGCCGGGACAGAUGGAGACGGACUACAUCGUCAUGCCUCGCAAUUCGGCGGUCGGGUCUAGCAGCGUUCCCACCCUGCUGAAGGAGGACAGCAAGAUGAGCAUGACUAUGGACUCUCUGUCGCAUGACAGGCUGAUGCAUUACAAGAUGGGUGCGGAGUUUAACCUGGGCCACUCUGGGAUGGAGCACAUGGGAAUGGAACAGCAGUAUCCCGUCCAGGCCGAACACAUGCAGAAUCUUCCCUUCGAGCCACGCACGGCUGUGAAGAACUUCCUGGCUGAAAUGGAGGAGAGUGGAGGGCUGUCACGGAGCGAAACCGGUUCAACUAUAUCAAUGAGCUCUUUAGAGAGAAGAAAGUCGAGGUACCAGGAUCUAGACUUCGAGAAAGUCAUGCACACCAGGAAAAGGCAUAUGGAGCUGUUCCAGGAACUCAAUCAGAAAUUUCAAACCCUGGACCGAUUUCGAGACAUACCAAAUAUGGGCGGCAUGGACAAGGCAAUGCAAAACAAGAACCCCUGGGAGAGCUUCAACCCGGCAAGUGAAUAUCAGAACUACGCCACAAUGAAUGUACUAGAAUCAGACACAAAGAACUCUCUGGAGAUGACUAACGCUGAGUGGGAAAAGUGUGUCAGCCUCCCUUUGGACGUCCAGGAGGGAGACUUUCAGACAGAAGUCUGAGGAAUAAUGAAGCGUUAGCAGGGACGCGGAUGAAGGUGGACAUAUUUUGCACUGAUCAAAAAACGCAGAAGACUUUUCAUGCAGCCUUGGAAAGACAUAUCUGGAUUCUAGGAGUAUAGCAGGGACAAUGUGCCAAUAAGAUUUCAAAAAAAAAAAAAAAAAAAAAAAAAAAAAAACGAGGA